AUGGCCAAUCGUCUCAGUCUCCGUCAACUAUGCUGUGAGAGCUUGAUUGCUCUUCUCGGCGCCAAGAACGUCUUGCUCCCAGGCAGCUCGGGAUACAACGCAUCACUAUCGUCGUAUUUCUCGCCCCAGGCAUCCUCAGUCCACCCGUUGUGUUUUGUCACGCCGCAAAGCUCAACAGAUGUGUCCAAAAUCGUCUCAUCUCUGGCCCAGAGCGGCUCGUGUAUCUUCGCCAUUCGAUCCGGAGGACACACUUGGUUCCCCGGCGCUUCGAGUGCGCCCUCGGGCGUGACCAUUGAUCUGCGCGGUCUCGACUCGAUCGAGGUCCACACCCAGAACUCGAGCGUGUCUAUAGGCGUAGGCACGACCUGGGAUGUCGUAUAUUCGACAUUAGAGGCCUACGGUCUUAGUGCUGUUGGUGGCCGCGUGGCAGGAGUAGGUGUGGGAGGACUGACUCUCGGUGGAGGCAUUUCCUUUUUUGGUCCUCGCUAUGGUUGGGCUUGCAACCAAGCACUCUCGUAUCAGGUCGUGCUCGCCAACGGCUCUAUCGUGGAAGCCAGUGAGAGCCACAAUGCAGAUCUCUGGUGGGGGCUGCGCGGUGGAUCGAACAACUUCGGUGUCGUUACUGGUGUUACUCUGGCGGCCUUCGAGCAAGGCCCCUUGUGGACGACUACGACUGAUAAUACUCUUGCCUCAGUCAAUGACCAGGUCAGCAUCUACUCUCAAAUCAUGCAGCCACAGAACUACGAUGAGAAUGCGUCUUACCUGUUCGGUUGGGGCAUCUCGCAGCCGCUGAACCAGACUGUCCCUAUCACCUUGAACCAGCUUGCUUACACAAAGCCGCAAGGUAACAGCACCCCAGAGUACUACCAGGAUAUUGUGAAUCUGCCAAACUUAGCUCCUCUCGAGGUUGCAGUUGUUAAUAUGUCGACGAUCGCUGUGGCAGGGGCCGCUGCACAGCCGCCACAAGUUCAGCAAUACCUCACUGCAACAACUACAUAUGUACCUACGAAAGAAAUGCUCUUGGCCACUUUCAACGCAUACAAUAACAGCGUAGCAUCACUCCGGAACCUUACAGGGGUGACUUGGACCGUAAUCAUAGAGCCCCUCCCACCGCAGAUCUACGCACGUGGAGCUACCGAAAACGCCCUAGGACUUGCCGGCAACACCCAGUCGCUCGCCGUGUGUCUGGUCUCGCCAUCCUGGACCGACCCAUCGCAGAACGAGCAGAUAUACGCCCUGGCGCGCGAGCUGAUGGACACCAUAGAGAACGAAGCCAAGAAGCUCGGCGCCUACGACCCGUACAUCUAUCUGAACUAUGCAGCGCCGUGGCAGGACGUCAUUGCGGGCUAUGGCCCAGCGAGCGUAAGUCGUCUACAGAAGCUGAAAGCGGAAGUUGAUCCUAACAACGUAUUUCAACGUCUGGUUCCUGGAGGGUUCAAAAUUCCUUCUUGA